CUUUCUUCUUCACCACCAUGAUCACGCGAAAGCCGUACGCAGGCUCUCGACGUAAAUUGGUCUUCUCCUUUGACCUUGGAACUACUUUCUCGGGAAUAUCUUACAGUAUCCUGGAUCCCGGCAGUGUCCCCGAAAUAAAGGGCGUAACAAGGUUUCCGGAGCAAGAACGUGUCGGCAGUGACGCGAAAAUUCCGACGAUCCUGUAUUAUGACAAAACGGGGACCGUCAGGGCGGUAGGAGCAGAGGCGCUGAGGGAGAGCAUUCUCGAGCAGGCGGAAGAAGAGAGCUGGUUCAAAUGUUCAGGAUUCAAACUCCAUCUUCGUUCCAACCUCGAUCGUUACUAUCGCUCCGCUAUCUCAACACAGGCCACUGAUUUCCCUCCUCUACCUCCAGACAAGGACGCCGUCUCUGUGUUUGCUGACUUCUUCAAAUAUCUCUUUGAAUGCGCCAAGACGUAUAUUCUAGAGACGCACCCGAGCGCGACUAUUUUCUGGAGUUCCGUCGAGGACAGCAUCGAAUUCAUUCUCAGCCAUCCAAAUAACUGGGAAGGCCGCGAUCAAGCCAAUAUGCGACGGGCCGCUUUGCCGGGCGAAGAGCGUGUACAUUUUGUCACAGAGGGAGAAGCUAGUCUUCACUUUUGCAUACAUCACGGACUUUCUUCCUUUAUCACAGACCAGGAAGCCGUUAUAAUUAUCGACGCCGGAGGUGGCACAGUUGACAUAAGUACAUACACUUGUGUUUCUGCCAAGGACGGGACCCAGGCUCACACGUUUAAAGAAGUCGCAGCCCCGCAGUGUAACUUCGCUGGCUCAAUGUUCGUGACCCGCCGUGCAAAGGCAUUUUUCGAUGCAAAGCUCAAGCGCACCAAGUUUGCCAAAGAGACUGAGUACAUUGCACAGUGCUUUGAUAAAAAGACCAAACUUCGGUUCAAAGCCGCCGACGAACCAGCAUACAUUCACUUUGGCAGUAUGAGGGAUAAAGAUCCCAAGCUGAACAUCAACAUGGGGAGACUCAAAUUGACAGGUGCUGAAGUAGCGAGCUUUUUUGAGCCAUCAGUGUCGUCUAUCAUAAAGGCCGUUGACGAACAGCGAUUUGCCUCCAAGAGCACAGUUUCGGCGGCUUUCCUCGUGGGAGGUUUUGCCGCUAGUGAUUGGCUCUUUUCAAAACUACAAGAGCAUUUCAAGUCACUCAACAUUGCGUUUUCAAGACCCGAUAGUCAUGUCAACAAAGCCGUCGCAGACGGUGCCUUAUCCUUCCAUUUAGAUCGUGCCGUAUUGGAACGCUUAUCAAAGUACAACUAUGGUAUCAGAACAUCAAUUGCAUAUGAUGCAUCAAUUCCUGGACACGUCGACCGAAAAAACAAAACCUUCAUGUCGGAAGCCGGCGUGCUGUCCUUGGGUAACCAGUACAAUAUCAUUCUGCCAAAGGGCGAAUCUAUUGCUGAGACCAAGGAAUUCCGGCGUCCCUAUGUGCGCAAUCAACACAAGCUGUCUGAUUUUGCUUCGAUUUCCCAAGAUAUCUUGUGUUACAGUGGGACAAGGGAGAAUCCGCUCUGGAUGGAUGCUGAGCCUGAUAAGUAUCCUGUGUUAUGCAAUGUGGUGGCAGAUACGCGGGAAGCUGCCCGAUCAUUGGUGCUCCAGCGGAGGCCCGAUGGAAAAUCGUAUUUUUCUUUCAAGUAUUCGAUCAUUCUUUUGCUUGGGCAGACGGAGAUGAAAGCUCAGAUAGCGUGGGAUGAGAAUGUGGGUGUUGUGACUUCUGGUAUGCGUGGAUGGCGAUGCUGACAAGAUCUUAGGGAGUUGAAAAAAGGAGCCCUGCUCGAGUAGUGUAUGGGCCGCAAUAACCAGAUUGAUUUCGUGUACUACUAGUGUUGUAGCAAAUCUAUUUUUUUAUUCUAAUAAUCUAGUCGUUAAAAUGUAGAGUAGCACGAUUUAUCAUCUUCGC